AUGGAAGUCAAUCAUCCACGUCGCAUUCUCGCCGUCGGCGCACCUGGCUGCCCGGUGCUCGACGUCGUCGAAGAUCUCACCGGGAGUGCACCGGCUCUGAAUGAAGCAGGGACAAUCGCAGGACUGACCCACGAGUGGGAGGUGCGGACGGCGUACUACACCGCUACGGUACCCAUCUGGACAGACGAGAUUGCAGACGCGGAUGAGUGGAAGAGGGAGUUCUUGAAACCCGAAGCAGAGGAGGUUGUGCAAGCUAUUGGAGCCUACGUUUACUGCUUCUGCAUCCCACGUGAUGGAAAGAUUACAUCCGGGGUGGAGGCAACCAUGAAAGCGCUUCAGACUGUGGCCGAACACGCAGGUCUGAUGGCGGAUAAUCUACUGCUUGCUGUUGCAUUAACAAGCAGUGGUGACGGUGGGAGUGGCGUUGCCGCAUUAGAUCAUGACGCGUGGGUAGAUCUCUGCAUACAGUACGGCUUCGAAUUCAUCAACUAUGCCGCCGAGGGCAAGAACGAGUAUGACGAGCUGACAGGCUCCGCGCGUCUGAAGGAGGCCUUGGAAGCGCAUGAAUGGGCUGCCGAUGCCGCAGACGAUGGUACCGGGAUUGACACUCUUGGUCUUGGUGACGACGACGAAGUGGGAGGCUUUGACAGGGAAGAAGCUGAGAUGACUGCCGAGCUCUUCGGCAUGAAAGCGGCUCUGACGGAUGACAGUGGGCUCGACAUGGAAGCAGAACCUUUUGCACAGUCUGACCACCAAGCGGCGGAAGUGGACAGCUUCGAGCGAACAAUGGGCAAGUUGCUGGCACUUAAGGAACAUAGUACGAAUUUGACGAAAGAACAAAAGAAGAGGCUCGUAGCCAAGGCACUGCUUGACGGCGACAGUGAAUGA